GCCAGAUCGCUGAUGGGGUUGCUAGUGGGCUUGGAGCAACUUGGAGGAGAGGAGGAUGCUCUACUGUAGGAUUUAGGGGAACAGCCAAUCCCAUCCUCAGGUCCAGAAAGGCUGGGAAAAUCUUUUCCUCACUUGCAAAGAUCCAAAGAGGGGACCCCUCUUCAAAGCAAUUUCUUCCAGGGUCUCACUGCAGCUACCUCUGACCACUCCUCCUGCCCUGGGCUCCAGGACUAAGGCAGUUCCCACGCCUAUCACCCCACCCAGACCCGGCUUCUUUAUAUUUCUUUGUUUUGUUUUGGUAUCUUGCCAUGUGGCCCAGGUUGGCCUGAAAUUCACAUUCCUCCUGCCUCAGCCUCCCAUGCAUUGGCAUUACAGGCAACAGCACCAGGUUCAGCUAGCAUUGGUUUUCUUUAACUGUCCCUUCGGAGUUGUGUCUGGAAAGUUCUAGGCUAUUCACUUGUGUUGGCUCAGGUCCUCCACAAUCCCAGCCUGUCACAUGGUGGUGGGCACUUCCUUGGGGCUGAAAUGUCAACCUGACACCCAGUACCCAAGCAGCUUCUAUGAACCUCGCAUGCCACCCUGUGGACACUGGAGAACUGGCCUUCUGGAGAGGAGCCUCAGCAAAGCAAAAUGAAAGCCAGAGACCUGAAUUCAGAGAGGCCUACACCUCCUACACGCCGGCAUGCCAACCCCCGAGGGAACCAGCCUCUCAAUCUGAACCACUAUGCCACCAAGAAGAGCGUGGCAGAGAGCAUGCUGGAUGUGGCGCUCUUUAUGUCCAAUGCCACGCGGCUGAAAGUGGUGCUGGAGCAGGGGCCUUCCUUAGAGUACUACACCACCCUCAUCACCCUCAUCAGCAUCUCUCUGAUUCUGCAAGUAGUCAUUGGCAUUCUUCUCGUGGUCAUUGCCAGGCUGAACCUGAAUGAGGUAGCAAACCAAUGGCGCCUAAACCAGCUCAACAACGCUGCCACCACCCUGGUCUUCAUUACUGUGGUCAUCAACAUUUUUAUCACUGCUUUCGGGGCACACAAGACAGGCUCCAUGGCUGCCAGGACCUCCAGCAAUCCUGUUUAAUCCCUACCUAGGUCCCAGGAACCGGGUCUGGAACUGCUUCAGCCUUAGUCCCUGACCGGUGAGGCUAACUAGCACUUUCCACAGCCUACAGGAGAGCUUCAAGAGCAAUGAAGAUGCCCCUGUUUCCUGCCCACAGCACCUGAAUUCAGUUGUGCAGUUUUACUGGGUGAUGUAAUCGCGUCUUGGCCUGGAGGCCAGAGCUCAGCCUCUGCAACGGCUACCCUUUCCUCCAGCAGCAGUGAUUGGGUCUGCUAAUCAGAGUCUACAUGGCCUGCAGACUCUGCUUCCACUGCAUUCCUACCCUCUGCUCCAAGCCUCAGUUUUCCUUUCUGCAAAAUGGGAAUCUAUCUAUAAAGAUAUCUGAAAAUCCA